GUCAGCUACAGUACCCAUAAGGCUGAGGGGCUGUUCAUUCCUGUCCAGUCACAGUCAUGGACUGGUUCUAUUCAACACUCUGGCUGCUGGGUGUGUCUGUGUGUGAGAUUUGGGUUCCAGUCUCUUCUGCAGGUAUUGGCUGUGGGGAACCUGGACCGUUGCUGAAUGGAGGGGUGAAGGUCAUAUCUGGCUCUCAGAACCAGCACCUCUCAGUCAUUCAGUACCACUGCAAUGAGCCGUUCUACACUCUUCCUGAAGGGGCUAAAAGAAACUUCACAUGCUCAUCAGAUGGAAAGUGGAAAGACAGCCUGAAAAGCUCACUGAUUCCUCAAUGUAUUCCAAGUAACUCAGAGUUUCACCCUUGAGCGUGUGUGUUUGUGUCUACUGUGUAUCGUAUGUGUUCUUUCCCUGUGUGUGUGUGUAUCUACAGUCAGUCUGUUCCUGGAUGACCAGUAGGGGUCUCUGUCUGUCCCUAGUGUGUGGUCGUCCUACAGUGAACCUCCCAGGGUUUGGAAAUAUUUUUGGGUGAAAGUAUGGUAAUAUCUUAUGUAUCAUUAAGGAAAAUGUUGGGAAAUGUCAAAGGUAAAAUAUAGUAAACAUGAUUGACAUUUUAUAAUCCA